UAUGUUAUGUCAGUAACGUCACUGGCCACUGUUCCGCUUAACCUUCGUUACUCAAAAAAAACUGUAUUUUUACAUCAAUUCUCUCAAAUAAAUCAAAAAUCAUUUUAUAAUAAAUACGCCGCCAGUAAUGACCUGGUAAAUUCCGAAAUAAUAAAUUAGUGUGCCAACAUUAGAAGUGAGAAUGGCCGAUACUGCCGUGGCGAAUCAGGCCAAUGGGGUUGGAGAGGCUGCCGCCCAAAAUCAAAAUGGCACCGCAGGCCAACCCCAACCAUCAAAACUAGAAACAAUCCUCUCGGUAGUGAAAUCCCUAAUCGUGAGGGGACUCAUUAUUUACGUAAUAUCGUCGUUCUUCAGAGGCAAAGCUCCGCAGCCGAACAGCACAAACUCUGCUCAAGGACCGACAUUUUCAGCGAAAAACAUUUUUCCCGAUGGAACCCCGCUGACCCUCUACGUGUACCUUGCAGAGACCGACAUGUUAACCAACUAUCAUCACUCCCAACUAUUUUGGAUCAAAGAGAACAUUAUUUAUGGAGAUUGGACGGCGGGCCCUAAUAAGGACGGGAUAUUCGAGAUUGAAAAGGAGGUGCCCAUAACCGAUGGUAUGAGGAAUAAUGGGUCGUUGUUCUUGCAUGCUUUCGUCACUCGGUUAGGGAACAGUCCCGAUCCUAAGGCUAAGAAUUAUGAUCGGGAACAGAUGACUUCUACUAUGAAACAACUUAACAGAUAUAAGAAGCUAAAGGCGAGCAAAACGAAAAAUCUGCUUACUGGAGAAACUGAGAAGACCCAAGUGGAAGAUGGUAAAAUAAUCUCCCACUGGCAUCCGAACUUCACGUUGAACCUCGUCACUGAUCAAACGCAGUGGGUUUAUGGCUCCGUACCGGCCCCCCUGGACGUAUACGUCCAUUUCACCGACGAUCUGAAGCACUACAAACCGAUUUUAUAUCCGAACGAUUACUGGAACAUGGCCAGAGACUAUAAACCCUUAAACGAGAGUUUCGCUCUGCGACUGACCUUUCAACCGUUGAGUUUGUUCAGGUGGCAGAUAUACGCGGCGCAAAGCAUGAGGAAUAAUAUGUUUAGUAUGUUCUCUGAGGGUUCGGAGGAUGCCGAGAAGAGCGACGACGAGCAGGAUACUCUUAAAGAAACGAUUAUGGACACGAAUCCCUAUUUGUUAGGGAUUACGGUGGCGGUUUCCUUGUUGCACUCGGUGUUCGAACUUUUAGCUUUCAAGAACGACAUCCAGUUCUGGAACAAUCGGAAUUCUUUGGAGGGUUUGUCGGUACGUUCGGUGUUCUUCAGCGUCUUCCAGAGUUUAGUGGUGUUGCUCUAUGUGCUCGAUAACGAAACGAAUAUACUCAUAAGAGUCUCUUGUUUUGUCGGAUUGGGGAUUGAAUUGUGGAAAAUCUGGAAAGUUGUGGAUAUUAAAUUUGAAAAUGGCCGGAUCGUUUUCAAGGAUAAAGGCUCUUACGUGGAGUCUAGUACUAAAGUUUAUGACGAAUUGGCCUUUAAGUAUUUAUCUUGGCUGUGCUUCCCUUUGUUGGCCGGUUAUUCGGUUUACGCUCUAUUAUAUUUAGAGCACAAAGGGUGGUACUCUUUUAUCCUGGAUAUACUCUAUGGUUACCUGUUAACCUUUGGGUUUAUCAUGAUGACCCCCCAGUUAUUUAUUAACUACAAGUUAAAAUCCGUGGCGCAUCUUCCCUGGAGGAUGUUAACUUACAAGUUCCUUAACACGUUCAUUGACGAUAUGUUCGCGUUCGUUAUCAAAAUGCCCACGAUGUAUCGGAUAGGGUGUUUCAGGGACGAUAUCGUUUUCCUCGUCUUUCUUUACCAAAGAUAUAUUUACCCUGUAGAUAAGAAGAGACGGAACGAGUACGGGUACAGUGCGGAGCAAGAGGAAGCGCAGAACAAUGGCGCAGUCGCUCUGCCCCAAGAGACUAAAAAGGAACAGUAAUAAUAUUGUAAAUUGUUUAUUUAUUGUUGUAAUUAAUAGAUAUUGGUUGUUAAUUUGAUCCAGUAUACUCGAUAUCUGAUGUCUAAGUAAUACAGGCAGUUUAUUUAAAUGGAUGAAAUGAAAAUAGAUGUAAGUUUAGUAAGUAAAA